AUGUCGCUGACCCCAGGAUCGUCGCUGGUGAAAUUGGAUUACCAAGUAUUUGCACAAUGGAGGAACUUAGCUCAUGACAGUGCAAUGUACUUGAGGGAUUUGGAAAUCUUGAGCCACAGGAGGUGGGCCAUCCUCUGUGCAAGGAAUGGGCUCCAAGGGGUCGCCAUAGAGGAGUUCCUCCAGGCCAAGCAGCCGCCGCCGCCGCCGCAGCAGCCAGAGCCCCCUCCGGCCCCCUCCUCCCGCGAGGAGACGUGCCACUUCCUCAAUGCUAUCUUCCUCUUCCUCUUUAGGGAGCUCAGGGACACGGCCCUGGUCAGGAACUGGGUCACCAAGAAGAUCAAGGUGGAGUUCGAGGAGCUGCUCCAGGCCAAGAUGACGGGGAAGGUGCUGGAGGGGCUCAGCCUCAGGGAUGUCUCUCUUGGCAAUGUCCUGCCCGUCUUUAAAGCUGUCAAGCUCAUUCGGCCGGUGGUCUGCAACGAAGAGGGCUGCCCUGAGGAGCUGGGCUUUGAGGUAGACCUGGAGUACAACGGUGGCUUCCACUUGGCCAUUGAUGCUGACCUGGUCUUUGGCAAGUCGGCCUACCUCUUUGUCAAGAUCUCCCGGGUGAUGGGGAAGCUGAAGCUGGUCUUUACGCGCCUGCCCUUCACACACUGGUCCUUCUCUUUUAUGGAUGACCCUGUGAUACUGUUUGAAGUGAAGUCUCAGUUCGAAGGGAGGCCCAUGCCUCAGCUCACUUCCAUCAUUGUGAACCAGUUCAAGAAAGUUAUUAAGCGCAAGCACACCUUACCCAAUUAUAAAAUCAGGUUUAAGCCAUUUUUUCCAUUUCAAGUGUUGCCACCUGAUGAAUAUGAAGAUCGAGACCUCUGUAUACAGGAUUUUCUAUUGACAGAAGGUCGUCUAAAAGUCACGUUGAUUGAAUGUACAAGGUUACUUAUGUUUGGAUCCUAUGAAAGAGAAACAAAUGUUCAUUGCACAAUGGAGCUCAGCAGUAACGUUUGGGAAGAAAAAUCAAGAAGUUCUAUUAAAACGGCAGAACUAGUGAAAGGAAAUCUGCAAAGUGUUGGGCUCACGCUCCGCCUUGUGCAGUCCAAGGAAGAAGACGCAGGGCACGUUGUCAUUGAAACUGUGACUCCAAACUCACCUGCUGCAGCUGCUGAUCUACAGAGGGGAGACAGACUUCUAGCAAUUGGCAGUGUUAAAAUUACAUCAACUGUCCAAGUGUUGAAGCUUAUUAGACAGGCUGGGGACAGAGUUUUAGUCUUCUAUGAAAGGCCUGUUGGGUAUAAUCAGCAUGGUUCGGCACUGCAGGAUGGAUUUGGACAAUUGGAAGACACUGCUUUCUUGACACAGCCAGAAGAUGACCAAGCUAGUUUAUCAGCUGAUGUUGAUAACAGAGAUUUUGAUUCAGAAUUUGAGGACUUAGCUUGUGAAUCACCUGACCAAAAAGAAGAUCUGCCAACAACUCCGAGUCCCAAACGUUCAGUAGUAAUACUUGCUGCUAAACCACUUGGAACUAUAUCUCCGAUUCUGAAUCGAAAACUACAUUUAGGUAGUUAUCAGGCAACAUCAAAAACACAACAGAAGGAUGGAGCUAAAGUGGCAACACCCAAAACUAUUGAGGGUUCAGAUGCAUCACAGCAAUCAGGUAAACAAUUGCAAGGAUCCAGCACUAAGCCUCCUGUGCCACCUAGGCCACAAAGUAAGCCUCUCUUGCCUACUAGUGAAACUCAAAAUCUGUUAGAAACUGGAGGGGUAUCUUCUGAAAAAGCAGAGAGGCCACCUCCACCUACAAAUAAUGGAGAUAAAUGUACAGAGAAGGCAGUGAAGAAUAACGAUCAAAUAGAAGACCCAAUGGUACCAAAAGUAAUAACAGCACCAAAACAAGAUACGUCAAAAGAUGGACUUUCUGAAAAUGCACGUAGUUACAAAGAUAGUGGAGAUGAUCAUCAAACAUGGGAAUCACCAGAAAUUCCUUAUAAAAUCCGGCAAGGCCGAUGGCCAAGGACGAGAACAUCCUCCUGUAUAUUUGAAGUAGAAGGAUACCAUAAGUACCUUAAUGUUGCACUGUGGUGCAGAGACCCUUUCAAAGCAGGUGGUUUUAUCUGCUUAGGAUAUGCAAGCAUAAAACUUGAAGAAAUUGCUUUAGAUUGUAUAGCUACAUCUUCAAUGGAAUAUAUGAGAACAUUUAAACUGGAUGCUCCUACCCCCAAAGCGGCAGUCACCAGAACAGCAUUGCGGAAUUUGACAACCCAUAAGGGAUUCAAUGAAAAAUUUUGUUAUGGCGAUGUAACUUUACACUUCAAAUAUUUAAAAGAAGGUGAAAUAGAUGAUUCAAACUUUCUCCUGGAGAAAGAAAGGGAAUGUCACUUGGAAGAAGAAGCUCGUGCACUUCAGAAAGAGGAUCCUUAUUUGGGACAAAUUGUUCUUACGGAGAACAAGCAUAACUUUCAAGAUACUCAGUUUCAGAAUCCAACUUGGUGUGAUUACUGCAAAAAGAAAGUAUGGACUAAAGCGGCUUCCCAGUGCAUGCUCUGUGCUUACGUUUGCCAUAAAAAAUGUCAAGAAAAAUGUCUAACUGAGACACCCUUUUGUGUGGGAGCUGAAAAGCGACUUGAUCGAACUGUGGGAGGUUGUAGAGCAGAAGGACAGGAAGCUCCCCAAGCUGCAUCCUCUCGUGUUGAUUCGGAAUCUAAAUCUGUUAACAGAACUACAGGUUUGACCAGGCAUAUCAUCAAUACAAGCACCCGGUUGUUAAACCUUCGGCAAGUCCCCAAAGCUCGCCUUUCUGAGCCAGGAACAGAGGUGGUAGAACCUUCGCCAAAGCACACACCAAACACUUCUGAUAAUGAAAGCAGUGAUACUGAAAUCAGUGGGCCAAGCAGUCCUUCAAAACGUGCAGCAGGUACUGGGAUAAAGUUGGUCCGAAAGGAGGGUGGUCUAGAUGACAGCGUCUUCAUUGCUGUUAAAGAAAUCGGACGUGAUCUCUACAGAAGUUUACCCACAGAGGAGCGUUUUCAGAAAUUAGAAUUUAUGUUGGAUAAACUGCAGAAUGAAAUAGACCAGGAGCUGGAAAAUAAUAAUUCACUCGUUAAAGAAGAAAAAGAGACAACCGACGCAAGGAAAAAAGCCUUGAUAUCUGCUGCCCUGGCUAAGUCAGGUGAAAGACUGCAGGCCCUUACGCUGCUGAUGAUCCACUACAGAGCAGGCAUUGAGGAUAUAGAGUCUUUGGAGAACAUGUCAUUAGAGCGGCAGUCCAAAAGAGUGACUAAAGAUUCAGAGGAACCCCAUAUGGCAGAAGAAAUGGAUAAUGAAGAUGUCAGUCUGACGGAAGCGCCAACAUUCAACAUCAUAUCAGAAGAACCAGUUGAUCCACCUCAAUCAGUAGACUGAUAUUUACAUAUUUAGGCUUUGAAGGAAUGGACUAAAAGAAUACUUUGCACUUAAUUACACACACACACAAAUUAAAUUAAAACACUGGUAUAAUGUCCUGCUUCUGCACAGUUAUUUGCCUGUGUAAGAGUACAGCUAAUAAUGGUUCUUCUCCAGCUACAGCACCAUCAUUUUGUUAAACUGGCUGGUUAAAACUACAUUUUGAGGUUUAUAUUGGAAAUUUAUUUUUAAUAACUUAUUUUUAUUUUUUCUAAUUAUGUAACCUUACCAUUUCACAUUACUGUAUGUGGUGUCCUUAACGCAUUACUUUCCCCCUCCACCUCCCCUUUUUUUUCUUUGAGCUAGUGUUUUCAACAGGAAACUGGCAGGAUUUUCAAAAUGUUUAGUUUCCAUUGUAUGAUGAAAAAAUUAUAAGCUUGUUGCAUGCCUAAGCUGAUGACUGACACAGAAGUCACUGAGGGACCAGGCUUUAAAAUGUUGAUUACAGUUAUUGUCUGUCUUCUAGGUAGUUGUGUAUUUUUUGCCAAACAUAUCAUGAAAGCAAACAAAAGGUCUUUCAUUUUGUCUGUUAUUAAUAUUUACUGAAGUUAACAUGGCAUAUCAUUUGUUUCCCAUAUUUUUGUUAAAUACAAAAACUUUUCAUAGUUUGUAAUUAACAUGAAAUACAGUAAUGCUAUGCUAAAAAAAAGUCCUCCUUGGAACUUCUGGCUAUUGUAUCCUGGUUGAAUAAUGCUGCAUAUCAAACUACAUACCAGUAUCUAAUAGUAAUUACAUUGGGAAUAUUUUUGAGAUAAGAGGCUGGGUGCCUUCCAGAACAAAAUUAUAUAAUUAAGUGUUGUUAUAUUAUCCGAUAACCUGAUAAAGGAAAAUUGUUCUUAAGAGUUGGAGGUUUCAUUGCAUUCUAUGAAAAAGCAUGUAACAAUGGUUUAAGCAAUUCUAAAAAAAAAAAAAA